CCUUCGAUCACCUCUUGCGUUGAUGCGUAUGCAAGCUCUAACUCGCAGAAGCAGAACGGACGACAGAGUCAAGACGGCAGCCGUGUAACGCUCUCCUCGCCUUACGCCGCCACCGGCCCCCGUAAUGAUGUAUCCCUCUCGCGGACUCCUGGUCCGGUGCGCGACAAUGCUGGCUCUCACUACGGCGCAGCUUGCCCGUGCCGCAUCCCUCUUCUCCUCGCGGCCGGUCCCGGUCGUGCUGUGGCACGGCCUGGGAGACAGCGCAUACUCAGAGGGCAUGCAAUCGCUGGCUGACAGCUUGCGAGAGGCGUUCCCCGGGCUCUUUGUCCAUCUCGUCGCGUUGGAGGACAGGGCCAGAGCAGAUCAAAAAGCAGGCGUGUUUGGCAACGUCAACGAUCAAGUUCAGCAAGUGUGCGAGCAGCUCGCGAGCAUCAAGGAGCUGAAAGAUGGAUUCGAUGGCAUCGGCUUUUCCCAAGGAGGGCAAUUUUUGCGCGCAUAUGUGGAGAGGUGCAAUAAACCUGCGAUGCGCAACCUGGUGACUUUCGGCAGUCAGCACAUGGGAAUUGCCGACCUUCCAGCGUGCUCUCCAGCAGACAUCUUCUGCCGUCUCGCGGAGGGCCUGCUCAGAGGCGGCAUCUACACGGACUACGCGCAGAACAACGUCGUCAGCGCGCAGUAUUACCGCAAUCCGAAAGAUCCGAGAGCUUUCCAGAACUACCAAGAAAAGAAUCACUUCCUCGCAGACAUUAAUAAUGAAUUGCAGGUCAACCAAACCUACAUCAAAAACCUCAAGUCACUCGACAAUUUUGUCAUGCUGAUGUUCGACAAGGACAUCACGGUCGAGCCCAAGAGAUCGAGCUGGUUCAGCUCUUACCCCGUUGCAAACGGCAUGAAUGACUCGGCACAUAAAGAUCCACGGAAUCAACCAUUGCCCUUACGACAGAGCCCGAUCUACCUCGAAGACAGACUGGGGCUGAAGAAGAUGGACAAGCGUGGAGCGCUCGUUUUUGAAACCUGUCACGGGCCUCACAUGCGUAUCGACUCGGCAUGUCAGCUCAAAGUCUUUGGAAAGUGGAUCGGCACACCAGCAUCUGUGCUUCCGCGUCCUGUGCGACAUGCUUGGGCUUACGUCAACUGGAACCUCCUCGGUGUGCAGGUUGGCUCCCUUCCUGCGGUCAUCCAACUCACCCUCUUCUCCUGGCUUUUGCUCAGCAUGCUGGUGCUCUCACGACUUGCUGCGGUUGCAGUCUUGAAGGUUGGCCGCACUUUGCAUGUGCCGAGAAGAGGUAAGAUUGCCCUGUCGUAGCUCCAUGAUCCUCACAGGUUCACGUGUAUUGCCCUGUUUCCCCUGUAUCAUAAUUUGUCAGGUAUGCUCAGACACAUUUUACUGCG